UAAAAGUAGAGAACAGGAUCUGUAACUGAAUUUCGUAAAAUGUCGAAUCGAAUGCUCUGGCUCCUUAGCUACGUGGGACUGGGUCUGGCUUUCGCCUUGGGUAAUCGGCCAUUGAGCGUAGUGCAGGAUCAAAAAAGAAAUCAAAAUCACGGAAAGAUGGUAGGGCUGGUGGGUAAUUUGGACUCUAUGGAUGGAAAUGCCCUCCACCUCAGGGCGUAUCGGUACGAUGAUUCCCUGAGGACUGCCGUGCGCGAUUGGUUUGUUUACGAUAGCCAGUCCGAAAAUAAUCCGCGAUCCUCGAAAAGUGUCUCAGGUAAUGAUGGGGUCACGGAGUCGGCGAGAAAUGAGAACGAGUUAUUGGAUGAUUUGUUCUCGACCGCUCUUAAAAAUGUGCAUCGGAAUCAUGAUGCAAAAAGGGAAGCAGUGCCAUUUGUGUACGAGGAGGCGCCGUUUUUUGGCCAGCACCGCACCAGAAAACGACCGGAUUUCAAGGAUAGAAGAGUACCUGGGUCGGAGGUAUACGAUUAUGUAGAGGCUCCGCUUAUCACAAAUCGAUUUAUUCUGGAGAAUCGUUUUGAUGGCCGGUCUGGUGUCGCGAAAUUGUCAUUUAAGGAAAGUGGAAAUCCGUCUGAGGAUUUGACGGAUUUGAGCAGAAAAGUUCAGGGAAAAGGAGCUGGGUCAACUUCGAGUUCGAUGAACUUGGAGGUGGAUAAGUCUCUGGGAAAGAGGAACAUGGCUACCUCUGGACAUCGGGAGGCGCCGGGUGCACCGCCGCAGCCCCAGCAACAACUUCCUUCGCUACCUGGAGGCGCGAGCAUUGCUUCGCAAUUUAUGCUCAGAUCGGCUAGAGGGAAUAGGCAGUACGAUGUACCGCAGAUCGAAUGUCCUUCAUCGGAGGAUGGAAUGGAAAGAUUUGCUUGUCCAACGCCAGAUCGAAUGGGUAGAUAUCGAUGUAUCGAUGACCACGUUCUUUGUGAUGGUUUUAUAGACUGUCCAACGGGAGAGGAUGAAGACAGACAAGCUUGUAUGUUCUACAAAACUACGAAAGCGCAUCUCGACGUCCUGGCGGAUGCUUUACUGCGGUGGGCGAGAGGACGUUAAUAUCCCUUCGUGUCCCAUCUUCAUUCAGCCUAAAACGUCAUAAAUCUGAUAAAUUGUCCUUAAAUCUCUCCUAACGGUCCUCCCUUUGCUUUCUUCCUCCCUUUUUCCAUUUUGUAUUAUCCUUACCCUCCCAAAUUCCCUCCCCCACCCAUUUAGCUCGCAUCAUCUAUUUUAUGCCACGCCCUGCAAACACCGUCUCUCAAAAACCGUGGAACUACAUCUAAAAAAGAUCCAAGUAAUUGACACAAAGAGAUCUGCAAUUGGCAGUCUGGAAUUCGAAGAAAAGCAACGAGGCUGAAACUCAAAUGGUAAAGUCUGAACGCGUUUGGGUUUGUAAAAAAAACACAAUUCUAAAUGCGAAUUUAGCCAUGUAAUUAGGAGAUCAAAGACAAAAAUCGAAACCUCAUCAAAAAGAGAUAUUGUUUUCUCGAAAUUGGACGAACUUCAACCAAAAUCUGAUUUUUUGUAAAAAAGUACACCGAAAAAGGUAUGGGGCUUGUUCUAAUUGAUUUCAUAUUGACUGUUUAGUAUAA